AUGGCCGCACUUCCACAGUAUUCGUAUAUCUUCGGCAUUGCCAUCGUGUUUGCCUUCCUUGACGCCUGGAACAUUGGUGCUAACGAUGUCGCGAACUCUUUUGCUACCUCGGUGAGCUCCCGGUCUUUGACCAUGUUGCAAGCCAUGACGAUCGGUGCCAUCAUGGAAUUCUCGGGGGCAGUCCUUGCUGGAUCGCGUGUGGCUGGUACAAUCAAGUCAGGCAUCAUUGCUGUCGAUUCUUUCGAGGGAAAGCCUAGCGUUCUGAUGCUGGGAAUGCUGUGUGCUCUCAUCGGUUCUUCCGUCUUCUUGACUUGCGCAACUAAGAUUGGCCUGCCUGUUUCCACUACGCACUGUAUCAUCGGUGGUAUCAUCGGCGUUGGCUUUGCGACCGUUGGUCCAAAUGGUGUUGACUGGUCCUGGGAGGGUGUAUCUCAGGUCUUUGCCGCCUGGUUCAUCGCGCCAAUGAUCUCCGCAUCGUUUGGAGCCAUCCUUUUCUUGCUCACCAAGUUCACUGUUCUCAAGGCCAAGAACCCCCUGAUGAGGGGUAUGAUGUCGAUUCCGAUCUACUUCGCCAUCACAAGCGGUAUCCUCACCAUGUUGAUUGUCUGGAAGGGUGCCGCCUCGCUCAAUCUCGACGAUUGGGGCACCGCGCCGACUGCCGGCACCAUAUUCGGUGUGGCUGGAGGUGUUGCCCUGUUGGCUGGACUUUUCAUCGUCCCUUACACUUACGUACGCCUGAUCAAAGAAGACUGGCGACUUAAGCCAUGGGAUGCCGUCAAGGGACCCUUUCUCCUACGUCGUGAUCAGGCUCCACCAAUUCCCGAAGGCGUGGAGCUUGUCCCCGACUACUACCGCGGACAUCGAACCAAGGAAGAACUCGAGCAACACGGAGCUGCUGCAGUAGCGACUCCUCCCAGUGAUGAGGAGACUACGCACCCUGCUGAGAAGGGUCUUGCUGUUGUGCCAUUGGCGCCUACCUCUUCGAUCGAAUCAAUGUCCGCUGAGACUCCAGCUCCCAUCCAAGGCAAAUGGUGGGAGCCUCGUAAUCUCUGGAAGAGCACCGUUUGGUUCUUCUUCCGCGGUGUGAUGAAAGAUGUCGUUUCGGCUCAGACAUCCAACAAGCGCCCAACGUUUAUCGAACGCAUCCUUGUUGGCAAAAAUCUCGAAAAGAAGCACGCCAUUGUCACCCGAUAUGACAACCGCGUCGAGCACCUCUACUCCAUCCUACAAGUCAUGACCGCCGCCACCGCAUCCUUUGUCCACGGUGCCAACGACAUCUCCAAUGCCAUGGGACCCCUUUCAGCCGUCUAUCAAGUCUGGACUACCAACAAUGUCAGCAGCAAAUCCGAAGUUCCCUUAUGGAUCUUGGCCUUUGGAGGUGGUUCCAUCGCGCUCGGAUUAUGGACCUACGGCUACAAGCUCAUGCAGAACCUGGGUAAUCGCAUCACCCUGCACUCGCCGAUCCGCGGCUUCUGCAUGGAGCUGGGUGCCGCUAUUACGGUCGUGUUGGCAACGCGUCUCGCUCUGCCUGUGUCGACGACCCAGUGCAUCAUUGGUGCUACCGUCGGCGUAGGUCUCUGCAGCGGUGAGAUCAAGGCUGUCAAUUGGCGUGUCGUGUGCUGGUCGUACUUUGCUUGGUUUGUGACGCUGCCAUCUACCGCUAUUAUUGCCGGCUCUAUCAUGGCGUUCACCAUCAAUGCUCCGCAGUGGACGCGUCCAGAAUAG